GGACAUUCUACGAUUCCAAAUGACGCUCCCCGCGGCGUUCCCAGGCCCCCCUCUGUGCCAACAUUACAUAACAACCUUCUGACUGGGGACGUCAGGCAGAAACUCUCCGCUAAGUUUACAGUUUUCAGAGUUUGACCUCCAAAAGCCCAACAGCUAUGUCUGAGAAAGUUAUUCUGCACUAUUUCAACGCCAGAGGGAAAAUGGAGUCAAUCCGUUGGCUUUUGACAGUUGCAGAAGUGGAGUUUGAUGAGGUUUACCUGACAACCAGAGAUCAGUACCUGAAACUUCUGGACGAUGGGUCGCUCAUGUUCCAACAGGUCCCCAUGGUGGAGAUCGAUGGCAUGAAGCUUGUGCAGACAAAGGCGAUCCUGCAUUACAUUGCAGAGAAGUACAGCCUCUAUGGAAAAGACAUCAAAGAGCGUGUCAUGAUCAACAUGUACUCAGAGGGACUGAUGGAUCUCAUGGAAAUGAUCAUGAUUCAUGCCUUUGUCUCGGGCACCAAAGCUAAACUCGACGACAUCCUAACUAAAGCAAAAGAGCGCUACCUGCCGGUGUACGAAAAGGCGCUGAGUGGACCCGUUUACCUGGUGGGAGGUAAGCUAAGCCUGGCAGACGUGCAGCUGCUGGAAUGCACUUUGAUGCUUGAGGAGAAGUUCCCUGCAAUCCUCGCGGACUUUCCCAACACCAAGGCCUUCCAGGGGAGGAUGAGCCAAAUUCCUUCCAUCAGCAGGUUCCUGCAGCCGGGCAGCAAGAGGAAGCCGCAGCCAGACGAAAAGAUAAAAAAGACGGUCAUGGAAGUGUUUAACCUCACAAACCUAAAUCUGUAAUUUCUCCAAGAAGAUCUAAGACAGGGGCUGGCAAUCCCAGUCCUCGAGGGCCGCUGUCCAGCAGGUUUUACUUGUUUCUCUGCUUAAACACACCUGGUUUGAAUCUACUAGUGAUUAACAGGCUGCUGCAGAGCCUGAUGAGCUGCUGAACAGGUGAUUAAUCCAGAAAUCAGGUGUGUUGGGGCAGGUAAACAACUAAAACAUGCUGGAUAGCGGCCCUCGAGGACCAGGAUUGCCCACCCCUGAUCUAAGACAUUCCUCACAUUUAUAGUGAUUUCCUAAAGCAGCCAUGGCUGCAUUAACACGGGUCCAGCACAAAACAACUAAUCAUGUGUAGCAUGCUGUUUUCUAACGUCACUACUGAGGAAACAUCUGAAACCUCUUUUGGACGUUUUGCAUAACAACAAACACGCGUUUUUUAAUCACACCGUUAUUGAAAUUGUGAUUCAUUAAAAACAUCUCAGAUGUGUUAACCAGUCGUACAACCUAUCUCUAAGACGUGCAAAAUAAAAUGUAUUCUUGUU